UACCGAGAUCACAGAACUAUCGUUUUAUUGGUGAGAAGACAGAGCACCUGAGGGGUGAGCUGGGCGGGCAGGGCCUGGGCCGGCCCAGGGGGGUGGGGCUGCUCUGCCACCCAGUGUCGGGAGGGCCCCCUUGAUCACUGCGCCCCAAUAUCAGGGCCCCAAUGCAGUGCCGGCUCUGCUGCUGCUCCCACACCAAGCAGAGCCGAGCCCAGGUGGUGCCAGCACAGGCCAAUGACUGUGGGACUGGCUGGGAGAAUGGCCCGGGGGCCACAGGGGCCAGGGCGCAGGCUGCACAUGUGUGUGCAGGUGCACGCACGCGUGUAUUGCCGUGUGUAGCAUGCAGGUGCAGUGGUCUGUGCGUGUGUAGCAUGGAGGUGCAGGUCCAGCGUGGUGUGUGUGUGUGUGUGUGUGUGUGUGUGUGUGUGUGUGUGUGUAGCACGGGUGUGCAUGUAAAAUGCACUGCAUGCGUGUAGCAUGGGCGUGCAGGUCCAGCGCACUGUGUGUGUGUGGGGGGCACCUGUGGGUGUCAUGUGCGUGUCCUGCGUGUGCCGACCAGUGUGGGCCCUCCCCACAGGCCAGUGGAGGCACUUCCUGUAAACGUCUGCCAGGCCCAGCCAGGGCUGAAAUGCCUGGAGCCCCUCCCCCAGCUCCUCUGGGUGCACCUCCCCUCCCAGCACGGGGUCAGCGGGGCCUGGGUGCGGGGGAGACGGCGUUGCCACCACCCUCUGCACACCUGGUGCGGCCUCAGCCGCUGCGGCCCAUUUGGUUACAGCUUUUCUCCCUCCUUUGCAUGCAACCCCCUGAGGGCCCAGAUGAGCGCCCUGUCCCCAGAGGGAGGCACCUGCUCUGUCAGGUACCCAGAGCCGGGCAGGGCACAGCCAUCCACAGGCCUCCCAAAGCUUCCAGGCCACCGGCCCUGGUGGCGGAACCUCCCAGACCCCGCAGUUCCCAGGCAGGCUGAGAGGCACGGCCCCACCCCAGCCACAGGUGGGCGGGCAGGGCCCCCCGGCCCCCCCUCAGGCUGCCCCUGGGAUGCAGAUGGAGCCCUUCCCGACUGCGGAUGGCCCUCCCCAGGGUGGGAGAGACCAGUGUUCUGUGCCUACUCCCGAGGCAGGGGCCGCUCCAAGCCCCUCCCACAGGCAGCUGGAGAGCCCAGGACCCGCAGGCAGAGAAAUCCUGGGUGUCCCUCCUCCCCUCCAGGAGUGGGUGGGGUGAGGGGCUUGGGCACCAGCAGGUAAUGAGGUCACGGGCAGUAGCUGCUCAGAGCCUGCCUGCCCAGGUCACUGUCGGCCAGAGGGCCUGGGCGCGUUAGGAUAACAGACCCUGACGUGUGCAAACCUCAGGCCCAGGGGCCCCCGGGGCUUGGCAGGUGAGGAGGGUUUUGCUAAACAAAUCCUCCGCCCCUCCCAGCCUGGCUCACCCUAUCUGGGCCCACCCGCUGGCCGUCCCCAUCAGAAGCCGCACCGCCAUGUCCGGCCUGGCUCUGCUGGGCCUCUCGGUUCUGCUGGGCCUCGGGGCAGGGGCCCCGCUGUGUCUGUCCCGGCAGCUCAGGAUGCAGGGGGACUACGUGCUGGGGGGGCUCUUCCCCCUGGGCGCCGCCGAGGACACGGGUCUGGGCCCCAGGACCCAGCCCAACACCACCGUGUGCACCAGGUUCUCGUCGCUCGGCCUGCUCUGGGCACUGGCCAUGAAGAUGGCCGUGGAGGAGAUCAACCGGGGGGCGGCCCUGCUGCCCGGCCUGCGCCUGGGCCAUGACAUCUUUGACACCUGCUCGGAGCCCGUGGUGGCCAUGCAGCCCAGCCUGGCGUUCAUGGCCGAGGCGGGCAGCUGCGAGAUCGCUGCCUACUGUGACUACUCGCGGUACCAGCCCCGCGUGCUGGCCGUCGUCGGGCCCCACUCCACGGAGCUCGCCCUCGUCACCGGCAAGUUCUUCGGCUUCUUCCUCAUGCCCCAGGUCAGCUAUGGGGCCAGCGCGGACCAGCUGAGCAACCGGAAGGCCUUCCCCUCCUUCUUCCGCACGGUGCCCAGCGACCGCGUCCAGGUGACCGCCGUGGUGGAGCUGCUGCACGCGCUCCAGUGGAACUGGGUGGCGGCCGUGGGCAGCGACGACGAGUACGGCCGGCAGGGCCUGAGCCUCUUCUCCAGCCUGGCCAACGCCCGGGGCAUCUGCAUCGCCCACGAGGGCCUGGUGCCGGCGGCGGGCGCCCACGGCCUGCAGCUGGGCGCCGUGCAGGGGCUGCUGCACCAAGUGAGCCAGAGCCGCGUGCAGGUGGUGGUGCUGUUCUCCUCCGCCCGGGCCGCCCGCGCCCUCUUCAGCUUCAGCAUCCGCCUUGGGCUCGCGCCCAAGGUGUGGGUGGCCAGCGAGGCCUGGCUGACCUCGGCCCAGGUCCUGUCCCUGCCCGGCCUGGCCCAGGUGGGCACCGUGCUGGGCUUCCUGCAGCGGGGCGCCCCGCUGCCCGAUUUCCCGUCCUACGUGCAGGCCCGCCUGGCCCUGGCCGCCGACCCUGCCUUCUGCGCCUCGCCGGACGCAGGGCAGCCGGACCUGGAGGGACACAUGGCCGGGCCCCGCUGCCCGCAGUGUGACCGCAUCUCGCUGGAGGAUGUGUCUGCCGGCCUCCGGCACCACCGGGCCUUCGCGGCCUACGCGGCCGUGUACAGCGUGGCCCAGGCCCUGCACAACACGCUGCUCUGCGAUGCCUUGGGCUGCCCCCCGCGGGCGCCUGUGCAGCCCUGGCAGCUCCUGGAGAACAUGUACAACAUGAGCUUCCGGGUGCGCGGCCUGCCGCUGCGGUUCGACGCCAACGGGAAUGUGGACACGGGCUACGACCUGAAGCUCUGGGUGUGGCGGGACCCGGAGCCCGAGCUGCGCACAGUGGGCGGCUUCGACGGCCGCCUGCAGCUGCAGCUGCCCCAGAUGCGCUGGCACACGCCAGGGAACGCGGUGAGUGCCCGGCCGUGUCCCCACCGCAGAGCCGCUCUGCAGCAAGGCCUGCCCCACCUGGGAGGAGCCGGGGGCGGGGGGGGUCGUCCCCAGGCUCUGGGGGUGCACCCAGCCCAGCGAGACCUGAGUCCGAGGACCCUGCUCCAGAGGCCCGUGUCCCAGUGCUCGAGGCAGUGCCAGGAGGGCCAGGUCCGCCGGGUGAAGGGGUUCCACUCCUGCUGCUACGACUGCGUGGACUGCAAGGCCGGCAGCUACCAGCGCAGCCCAGACGACCUCUUCUGCACCCCGUGCGCCCAGGACCAGUGGUCCCCCGACAGGAGCCUGCGCUGCUUCCCCCGCAGGCCCAGGUGCCUGGCCUGGGGCGAGCUGACCGUGCUGCUGCUGCUCGCGCUGCUGGGCCUGGCGCUGGGCCUGGUGCUGGCGGCCCUGGGGCUGUUCGUCCGGCACCGGGACAGCCCCCUGGUGCGGGCCUCGGGCGGGCCGCGGGCCUGCUUUGGCCUGGCCUGCCUGGGCCUGGUCUGCCUCAGCGUCCUCCUGCUGCCCGGCUGGCCCAGUCCCGCCGGCUGCCUGGCCCAGCAGCCGCUGCUGCACCUCCCACUCACGGGCUGCCUGAGCACCCUCUUCCUGCAGGCGGCCGAGAUCUUUGUGGAGGCGGAGCUGCCGCCCAGCUGGGCAGACUGGCUGCGCGGGCACCUGCAGGGGCCGCGGGCCUGGCUGGCGGUGCUGCUGGCCGUGCUGGUGGAGGCGGCGCUGUGCACCUGGUACCUGGCGGCCUUCCCGCCGGAGGUGGCGAUGGACUGGCAGGUGCUGCCCACGGAGGUGCUGGUGCACUGCCGGGUGCGCUCCUGGGUGGGAUUCGGCCUGGUGCACGCCGCCCACGGCGCGCUGGCCUCACUCUGCUUCCUGGGCACCUUCCUGGUGCACCGCCAGCCAGGCCGCCACGACGGUGCCCGCAGCCUCGCCUUCGCCAUGCUGGCCUACUUCAUCACCUGGGUCUCCUUUGUGCCCCUCUUCGCCAACGUGCACGUGGCCUACCAGCCCGCCGUACAGAUGGGCACCAGCCUCCUCUGCGUCCUGGGCAUCCUGGCCACCUUCCACCUGCCCAAGUGCUACCUGCUGCUGCGGCUGCCGGCGGGCAACCCCCCCGAGUUCUUCCUGGGAGGGGGUCCUGGCAGUGCCAGUGGGCUGGGUGGCAGCAGGGGUGGAGCCCAUGACCCAGCGACCUCACCCCAGUGCACCCAGACCUAGUUCCUGCAGAGCAACCUGCAGGCCCACCUCGAGGUCCUGACCCCAGGCUGCCUGCUGCCCGUGACCCAGUGACCCCUGGGCCUGCGCUGGGCCCUGUGAGAUCUCACCAGAGUCGGGCUGUCCUGUCCUGCUGGGAAGACGCCAAUAGAGGGCUCCUCAGGCCCAACCCACACUGGGGGCUCCGGGAAGCCCACAGCUGGGCCACCUGCAGGUCAAGCUGGGCAUGACUCCCCAGCUGGGCCUGGCCUAGCCACCCCCCCAGCACCCCUCCAACCAGAGGCCACUUGGGGCGGGGCACCAGCUUCCUUCCCUCUCCCUGUCUUGGCCGGAGCGGGUAGAGUGGGGUCAGCCCACCGCCAGCACCGCGGACAGAGCCUGGCGCGCGGGGGGGGGGGGAUUCAGGACCAAGGCCAGCGCCCGCCGCCAGGACCCCUGGAGCCAGAAGCCAGCACCACGGACAGAAGACGCCCUGCCAGGACCUUGCCGACCGGCUAGACCAGCCCCACACCCCAACCUACCAGGGGAGCUGGCAGGAGAGAAGAGACACAGGCCACGCGCCAGUCCCAUAAAAUUAAAUGCUUUUUAGUGUUUAAAAUAGCA